GAGAACGCUAGCGUCGUCGGUGGCGGUGGCGCGCGGCCGCGGCAGUCGCGGCUUUGAGUCGCACCCUUUUGCCCAUUGCCACCAACCUGCUGCCUCACUCCUUAUUCUCUUUGCUGAUCUCCAGCAUUGAGCCGGUCCUGUCCACACUCCCUCGCUCGUUUGCGAGUGUGCGCAGGCGCGGCGGGGCGAUUAACCCUGUUGGGUGGGCGGUGGAUCCCGGGAGCGCGCGGGCGAGACCAUGGCGGGCUGCAGCACGGGGGGCGUUGGUGCUGGGGAGACGAAGGUGAUAUACCACCUGGAUGAAGAAGAGACUCCCUAUCUGGUGAAGAUCCCUGUACCCGCCGAGCGCAUCACGCUCGGAGAUUUCAAGAGUGUUCUGCAGCGACCCGCGGGCGCUAAGUACUUUUUCAAGUCUAUGGAUCAGGAUUUCGGGGUGGUGAAGGAAGAAAUUUCAGAUGACAAUGCCCGCCUCCCCUGCUUCAAUGGAAGAGUGGUGUCCUGGCUAGUGUCAUCAGAUAACCCCCAACCCGAGGUGGCUCCCCCAGCCCAUGAGCCUCGGACAGAACUGGUGCCUCCACCCCCACCAUUACCCCCUUUGCCACCAGAGAGGACCAGUGGCAUUGGGGACUCAAGGCCUCCAUCCUUCCACCCUAAUGUGUCUGGCAGCCAAGAAAAUCUGGACCCUGAGACAGAAACUGAAUCAGUUGUGUCACUGAGGCGAGAGCGACCUCGAAGGAGAGACAGCAGUGAGCAUGGCGCUGGAGGCCACAGGCCCAGUGGCCCCUCAAGGCUGGAGCGCCACCUGGCUGGAUAUGAGAGCUCUUCUACCCUCAUGACCAGUGAGCUGGAGAGUACCAGCCUGGGAGACUCAGAUGAGGAUGACACUAUGAGCAGGUUCAGCAGCUCCACAGAGCAGAGCAAUGCCUCCCGCCUCCUCAAACGCCACCGACGACGGAGGAAACAGCGGCCACCUCGCAUGGAAAGGACCUCAUCCUUCAGCAGUGUCACAGAUUCCACUAUGUCUCUCAACAUCAUUACAGUCACGCUCAACAUGGAGAAGUACAACUUCCUGGGCAUCUCCAUUGUGGGCCAAAGCAAUGAGCGGGGUGACGGAGGCAUCUACAUCGGCUCCAUCAUGAAGGGGGGUGCAGUGGCAGCUGACGGGCGCAUCGAGCCCGGGGACAUGCUUUUGCAGGUGAAUGACAUGAACUUUGAGAACAUGAGCAACGAUGAUGCUGUGCGGGUGCUGAGGGACAUUGUGCACAAGCCAGGCCCCAUUGUGCUGACAGUGGCCAAGUGCUGGGAUCCCUCUCCUCAGGCUUACUUCACGCUCCCCCGAAAUGAGCCCAUCCAGCCAAUUGACCCUGCUGCUUGGGUGUCACACUCUGCUGCAUUGACUGGUACCUUUCCAGCCUAUCCAGGCUCCUCAUCCAUGAGUACCAUUACAUCUGGAUCCUCUCUGCCUGAUGGCUGUGAGGGCCGGGGUCUCUCUAUCCAUAUGGACAUGGCAUCUGUGACUAAGGCCAUGGCAGCUCCAGAGUCAGGGCUGGAAGUUCGAGACCGCAUGUGGCUCAAGAUCACCAUCCCGAAUGCCUUUCUGGGCUCGGAUGUGGUUGAUUGGCUCUACCAUCAUGUGGAGGGCUUUCCAGAGCGACGAGAGGCCCGAAAGUAUGCCAGUGGACUACUGAAGGCAGGUCUCAUCCGACAUACUGUGAAUAAGAUCACCUUCUCUGAGCAGUGCUAUUAUGUCUUUGGGGACCUCAGUGGCGGCUGUGAGAGUUACCUAGUCAACCUAUCUCUGAAUGACAAUGAUGGCUCUAGCGGGGCUUCAGACCAGGACACCCUGGCUCCUCUGCCUGGGGCCACCCCCUGGCCUCUACUGCCCACCUUCUCUUACCAAUACCCAGCCCCACACCCUUAUAGCCCCCAACCCCCACCCUACCAUGAGCUUUCGUCCUAUACCUAUGGUGGGGGCAGUGCCAGCAGCCAGCACAGUGAGGGGAGCCGGAGCAGUGGCUCAACAAGAAGUGAUGGGGGGGCCGGACGCACAGGGAGACCUGAGGAACGGGCCCCUGAGUCGAAGUCUGGCAGUGGCAGUGAGUCUGAGCCCUCCAGUCGUGGGGGAAGCCUUCGGCGGGGUGGAGAACCUGGUGGGACUGGUGAUGGGGGUCCUCCUCCAUCCAGAGGCUCAACGGGGGGUACUCCCAAUCUCCGAGCCCACCCAGGGCUCCAUACCUAUGGACCUCCUCCUGGCAUGGCUCUCCCCUAUAACCCAAUGAUGGUGGUCAUGAUGCCCCCACCCCCACCGCCUGUUCCUCCGGCAGUACAACCCCCAGGUGCUCCUCCAGUCAGAGACCUGGGUUCUGUGCCCCCAGAACUGACAGCCAGCCGCCAAAGCUUCCACAUGGCCAUGGGCAACCCCAGUGAGUUCUUUGUGGAUGUUAUGUAGAGGCCACCCUGGGGCCAAUGUUGAGUCUGUACCGUUGGCCUGACCGAUGUCAGCUUGGUGCCCCUGUUCUGUGAUUGGUGUCUUGUCAGUCAUCACCUUAUUGCUUCUUGUAGUGCCUGGGCUCAGCCUACCAUUUCAUUACCACUGUGACUCUCACCAGCAGUGCCUGGUCCUUCCUCUUCCCUCAGGGGUAGACAAGGGACCUUUGGUUAUUUUUAGCUUUAUUGUUUUUUAUAAGCCUUUUUGGGAGUUGAAAUAGACUUUUUUACAUUUUUGAGAAUUUUUUUAAUAGACAUUUUCUUUUUUAUAUGAAGAAUCCCUGUCUUGUGGGCCCCCUUCUUCUAACCUCAGAAUGUGACCUCUUCUUCCUGUUGUCCAGUCAACUGUGCCCUCUGCAGGGUGAGGGGUGGUCAUUGGUAUACUGGGAGGAGCAAAGAGGUUGGGCAUUCUAGACAGCAAUCCAAGGAAGCUGGGGUAUUUGGUAUUUGGGGACUGUGUAGUUGCCUUUGUUAUUCUAUUUAUUUUAGUCACUUGUAUAAAACACCAAAUAAAGCAAUAGAGGCAAACUC